AUGGCAAAGUGGGCAGUCGAGCUAAGUGAGUAUGACAUCGAAUAUCUUGGCCGAACGUGCAUGAAAUCUCAGGUAUUAGCAGAUUUCAUUGUCGAGCUGCCUCAACAUUUCACCUCUCCUACUUCAAACGAGGAAAACUGGUAUCUAUACGUCGACGGAGCUACGUCACAGCACGGCUCAGGAAUCAGAAUUCGCCUGACGUCCCCUACCAGAGAGGUCGUCGAGCAGUCAUUUCGCCUCAACUUCACCGCAACAAACAAUGAGUCAGAAUAUAAAGCUUUACUCGCCGGAAUGCGACUCGCAGCGGGGAUCGGUGUAAAAAGGCUUCACGCCUACUGUGAUUCUCAGCUCGUCGCCAACCAAUACAAUGGAGAGUACGGCACCAAAUGCGGCCGCAUGGACGCAUACCUAAAGAUAGUUAAGGAGCUCGCGCAGGAGUUCGACCAUUUUAUGAUUGACAAGAUACCUCGAAGCGCCAACGCUCCUGCAGACGCUCUGGCCAUCCUAGCGUCAACCUCAGACCCGGACCUACGUCGAGUAAUCCCAGUCGAGAGUAUCUUCGUAAGUAGCAUCGACGCCGGGGCUCAAGUUAACGUCAUAUCCACCGACCCGAUGGAGCACGCCGAUAUGGACGAUGAAACACGGCCUAACCAUGACGCCGAGCCUGCCGUCGAGCCCGCUGACUGGCGCCAAGAAAUACUCCAGUACAUCAACGACGGAGUAGUUCCGACGGGUAAAUGGCAGUCCCGACGUCUUAAAAAGAAAGCGGCACAGUACGCCAUAGUCGAGGGACGCCUUUACCGUUGGAGUGCGGCCGGCAUAUUACUGCACUGCAUCUCGGCAAAAGAGGCCCAACGAGUAAUGCAGGAAACACACGAAGGAGCUGGAGGAAACCAUUCUGGCGGACACGCCCUAGCACUAAAAAUCAGAAAGCACGGAAUAUAUUGGCCGACUAUGGUCAGCGACUGCGAGCAAUUUGCCGUGAAAUGUGAAAAGUGUCAGAGGCAUGCAUCCGAUAUACAUGCCCCGGCAGAAUUACUCUCUACAACAACAGCGCCAUACCCAUUCAUUAGGUGGGCAAUGGAUAUCAUAGGACCACUGCCCGCGUCGCACGGCAAAAAAUUCCUUCUUAUAUUGACUGACUACUUCACCAAGUGGGUUGAAGCUGAUUCCUAUAAGAAAAUCCAAGCGAACGAGGUCCAGAAUUUUGUGUGGGAAAACAUAAUAUGCCACACGGAUUGCCUUACGAGAUCGUAA